GACCCCCGACAAAAGCUCAGAGUUUCCAGCAGCAGCUUUUUCCUCCCAGUCUUUGGCGCGGCUGGGGUCAGAGUUGAGGAACGGAAUCCGGCCGGGCCCUGCCUAGGCUCCCACCCUGGGGUCAGGAAGCCUGGAAGAUGAGGCCCUUCAGCCCUGAGGUUUCCCUAGACCGGCUCCAUACCAUGGCAGUCCAGCUGCUUUGCAUCUGCGCACUCUUCCUGACAUCACUUGUCAUGGCCCAAAGCUCCAGGGGCCCCGUGGUACCCAACCAGCCCUUCACCACCAUCUGGAACGCAAACACCCAGUGGUGCCUGGAGAAGCAUGGUGUGGAUGUGGACGUCAGUGUCUUCGAUGUGCUAGUCAACCCAGGGCAGACCUUCCAUGGCCCUGACGUGACACUUUUCUAUAGCUCCCAGCUGGGCACCUAUCCCUACUACACACCUGCUGGAGAGCCUGUGUUUGGUGGCCUGCCCCAGAAUGCCAGCCUGGAUGCCCACCUAGCCCACACAUUCCAGGACAUCCUAGCUGCCAUGCCUGCACCUGACUUCUCGGGGCUGGCAGUCAUUGACUGGGAGGCAUGGCGCCCACGCUGGGCCUUCGACUGGGACACCAAAGACAUUUACAGGCAGCGCUCAGAGGCACUGGUACAGGCACAGCACCCUGAUUGGCCAGCUCCUUGGGUGGAGAAGGAAGCCAAGGACCAGUUCCAGAGAGCUGCGCAGGCCUGGAUGGCAGGCACCCUCCAGCUGGGGUGGGCACUGCGUCCUCUUGGCCUCUGGGGCUUCUAUGGCUUCCCUAACUGUUACAACUAUGACUUUUCAAGCCCCAACUACACCGGCCAGUGCCCACCAGGCAUCCGUGACCAGAACGACCAGCUAGGGUGGCUGUGGCGCCAUAGCCAUGCCCUCUAUCCCAGCAUCUACAUGCCUGCAGCACUGGAGGGUACAGGGAAGGCACAGAUGUAUGUGCGACACCGUGUGGGUGAGGCAUUCCGUGUGGCUGCGGCUGCCAGGGACUCCAAUCUGCCGGUGCUACCCUAUGCUCAGAUCUUCUACGACAUGACGAACCACUUUCUGCCCCUGGAGGAACUGGAGCACAGCCUGGGGGAGAGUGCAGCCCAGGGGGCAGCAGGAGUGGUGCUCUGGGUGAGCUGGGAAGAUACAAGAACCAAGGAAUCAUGCCAGGCUAUCAAGGAGUACGUGGACACCACACUGGGACCCUUCAUCCUGAACGUGACCAGUGGGGCUCGUCUCUGCAGUCAAGCUCUGUGUUCCGGCCAUGGCCGCUGUGCCCGCCGCCCCAGCCAUCCUGAGGCCCUCCUCAUGCUCAACCCUGCCAGUUUCUCCAUUCAGCUCAAGCCCGAUGGUGGGCCCCUGACCCUGCAGGGUGCCCUCUCACUUAAGGAUCGGGCGCAGAUGGCUAUGGAGUUUAAAUGUCACUGUUACAGUGGCUGGCGGGGAGCACGGUGUGAGCAGCAGAGCGUGUGGUGAUUGGCCACACACUGGGUUGCACACAGCAAGCACUAAAUGCACUUUGGGUCUUGCCACAGCUUUCUUAAAUACAGGCACAGUCAUACAAGUCAUGGUCACAGCAGGAGUACGCUCAGCCAUCAUUGUGGGCAUACACCCUGCAUACACAUGCAUGCUUAUAGACCCAGAGAGUUGCAUAGGAGUUAGGACCACCGGCAGACACCAUCCACUCCAUGUCCACAUGCCUCUACUUGGCAGGGUCACAGACAAUUCCUCCAGACUCACUGAGCCAGGCUUUGACUACAGCAACCACAAAAGCUGACAUUCACUGAGCGCCUACUCUUUACCGAGCCCUAUGCUAAGCAUUUUAAGUGGACUGACUCACUCAAUCCUCACGAGUCUAUAUGAGGAAACUGAGGCACUCACAGGGAGAGUAAGCACUUUACCCAAGGUUGCACAAGAAAAGGGAGAAGCUGAGAUUCAAACCCAGGCUGCUGGCUCCAGAGGUAGAGCCCGUGUGCUCCUGCUGGGUGUUGAUAAUAACCAGCCCCGCACGACCCCUGAAUCCGCUGAAGGGCACCCACCCAGCAAAUAAAGCAGUCAUGAUUUA